UUUCUUUCCAAUACUAGUAAUGUUGAUUUGUUAAACCGUGAGCAUUUGAAAGAACCUUAUAUAAAGCUCAAUCCAGAACAUACAGUCCAGACAUUGGUUGAUGGUGAUUUUGCCAUUUGGGAUAGUCACGCCAUUUGCGCCUAUUUAGUGGAUAAAUAUGCAAAAGAUGAUGCAUUGUAUCCAAAAGAUUUACAAUUGAGAGCCGAAUGCAAUCAACGUCUGUUUUUUGACGCCGCCAGUUUGUUUGUGCGUUUUCGCGAUUGCUGUCUACAUGUUUUACACAAUGGUGGCAAGGAAAUUCCACAAGACAAAAUCAGUCCAAUGUAUGCUGCUUAUGACAUUUUGGAAGUAUUUCUCGCAACCGAUCCAUUUUUAGUGGGCAAUCAUUUGCCAAUUGCCGAUAUUAGUGUAUCAAUUACUUUGCUUCUGCUUGAAGUAUAUGCUCCGAUUCAAAAUGAUAAAUAUCCAAAAAUAACAGCUUGGCUGAAACGUAUAAGCAAGACGAUUCCAUUCUUUGACGAACUGAAUGCAUCAUCAACGGAACAAUACCGUCAACUUGUUCAAGGUGCUCUUGAGAAAAAUAAACAGAAUUAAGUUGUUACAAUUUUUUCAUCUAAUAAAU